AUGUGUGAUCAGGUGAUACGUCCAUCAUGUGAUGUGCUCAGGACUCAUCUCAACCCUCCCUCGAAAGACUAGUUUACACCACUGCACCAAAUAAGCAUUCGAAACAGUUCUUUCUUUCAUCAAGAAAUUUCACGACCAUCCAGAGUUUUGAAAUGUUAGCAUUAAGUGUGAUUGGAAUACUUUCUGCUGUGAUCAGUGUGCAUGGAAAUGGUCAAAUUCAGAGUGAGUUUGGCCGGCCGGUGCAGCAGCUGCAAUCGACCGGUGCGCCAUGGCCACAGCCUCAAACCAUGACCUCUGCAACUGUUACGUUCCCACUUGCAGAUCCAAGUACUUUUAGGAUUUACCAGAAAAGUCAGACCCUUUGCCCAGUCUUGGAUCAGGCAUUUGCUCGUUAUUUCAACAUCAUCUUCUUUGGAACGCCUGAAAUGUCAGAAGAAGAGAAAUUGAUGAAGCUCCGUGAUAUGAGGCAACACGGAAGAUUCUGGAAUGCCAGCUUACAUGGCAAGAACCUUGUGGCUCUGAUGGGUCUCUCAGUCAACAUCAGCGACUGCAGUGAGAUGUUCCCUUCUCUUGAAUCAUCGGAGAAUUAUACUUUGGAUGUCAGUGAACCUUUUGCUUCAUUAACAGCACACUCUCAGUGGGGAGCUUUAAGAGGACUGGAAACAUUUAGCCAGCUUGUAUAUGAAUCUUCUUUAGCAAUGUUGGUAGUCAACAAGACAAGCAUCACAGACUUCCCACGCUUUGCUCAUCGAGGAUUUCUUGUUGAUACCUCUAGGCACUUCCUUCCUAUGGAUAUACUUCUUCAGUUUCUGGAUGCAAUGGCUUACAACAAGUUAAAUGUCUUCCAUUGGCACAUCGUUGAUGACCAGUCCUUUCCAUACCAGAGCAAAGAAUUCCCAUACAUGAGUCAAAAGGGAGCCUACUCACCACAUUAUGUCUACAGUCAGAGUGAUGUUCAGAGGGUCAUCAGUUAUGCCCGGGACCGAGGUAUCCGUGUCGUCCCUGAAUUUGACACCCCAGGUCACACCCAAUCAUGGGGCUCUGUUAAGGGCCUUCUGACACCAUGCGAGGAUAAGUCAGGCAAGCCCACAGGGGACUAUGGUCCCAUCAACCCAAUACUGAAUUCCACCUAUGCGUUUCUGAAGCCAUUCUUUCAGGAGAUCUUCAAAGUCUUUCCAGACAGUUUCAUUCAUGUUGGAGGAGAUGAAGUUAGCUUUGACUGUUGGAAAAGCAACAAAGACAUCCAGAACUUCAUGGCUAAGAUGGGAUAUGGCCAGAACUACUCCAAACUUGAAGCAUACUAUGAGAAACGUUUUUUGGGUAUUGUGGAGGAUCUGUUGGCUAAACCAAUUGUGUGGCAGGAGGUGGUAGAUAACGGUGUCCAGGUUGUCUCUGAUGCAGUAGUUCAUGUGUGGAAAGGCUCAUGGCAACAAGAGCUAGCUAAAGUCACUCAACUUGGGUAUCGAACACUGUUGUCAACCCCCUGGUAUCUGAACUAUGCUGGUAGUCCCUAUGGGCAGGACUGGAAGACUCUGUACUCUGUCCAACCCUUACUGUUUAAUGGAACUGCUGCCCAGAAGGCAUUGGUGUUUGGAGGAGAAGCCUGCAUGUGGGGGGAAUAUGUGGAUGCCACCAAUGUGAUCCAGAGGAGUUGGCCACGAGGCUGUGCAGUUGCUGAGAGAUUAUGGAGUGCAGAGAAUGUACGUGAUGUAAAUGAGGCAGCAUCAAGACUAGCUGAGCAGAGGUGCCGUAUGGUCAGGCGUGGUUUGAAAGCUGAGCCAGUGACUGGGCCGGGAUUCUGUGAGUUUCCAGGAAGCAAUUGAACGGAUGACCUGCAUUGUAAAACCUGUUGAUUGAAACCACACAUUUUCUGUAAUUAAGUACAUUCCAUUCUUAAUAUUUUACAUUUGUUUCUUAGAAGUAAUACCUGGGUUUGAUGAUUGGUAUUGUGACCAAAUCACAAAAAUGCGAACAUAAAUUACAAAAUCAAAAAAUGUUUUGCGAACAUGUGAGCCAGCUCGGCAUUGUUGGUUAUAGGUCACGUAUAAAAGACAUGACCUCAACAGCACUAUCUCUCACAUUAUUGUGAAAUGUGACAAAUUCCAUGCAUUGUGUUGCACUGAUUCAUGUUUGGUGAGCAGAUGAUUAGGUUUAUUAGCCUUUGACAUUAUUUUCUUGUACAGGUUCCUCAUUUCAAAAUAACUGGUUGUUAGGUUUCCUGUUUACAUUGGAAUUGUUCUGCGUAUGUGUAUCAAAUAACACAGUACUACCAAAGUUUCUAGAAAAAAAAUCUUUCAGCGAAAGAGCAUUACAUUUGUAAUUCAAGUCAGUCCAUAUAUACUUCAUAUUUGCAUUACCAUUCAAUUUUUCCAAUUACUUUUUGUGUAUUUUCGAUGAAAACCAACAAUAAUGGGAAAUGUAUGUACUCUGUUUCCUGUAAGAAAAAUAGAAAAAAAUAUUUGUUGAAUGCAGUACAGUACCUUGGGGAAAAUGUUCAAAUCUGUAAAAAAAAUAGUUUGUUUGCACUGAUAUUUUUUUUUUCAAUAUAUCUUGGUUGCAGUGCCUUUUGUUCAUACAGGGUGUAUGUAAAAAAAGUUAUGAACGUGGCUCCAUCUAAAAGGUAGGUUGUUAACUUGUCAUUGGUAUCUUAUUUGCAUCUCUUCAGUCAUGGAUGGCUGAGCACUAUUGAUUUAAAAAAAAGACCAAGAAACCCGUUUCAAAGUGCGCAGAAAAGGGGGUGUUAUGUUAUAGUGAUGUUGAUGUUGGUACAUAAUAAUGGUGUCCAUGAAGGAUUGAUCAUUCCAUAGAUUUGGUUUAUCAUCACAUGCCAAACACCUACUUUUUUUCCCCAGUUUGCCCGAUUCAGUGCUGAAUUAAGUUGUCCUAAUGUAAAAUGGUACUCAAAACACAUCUUGGGCGUCUGCCUUACUUGGCAUUGAUUUUUGAAAUUGGAUUGCAAGUUUGUGAUGAAAAACAAAAUCUUUGGAAUGAUGAAUUAUUUAUGGACAACAUGAUGUACCAUGUUAAGCAACAACAUCUCCAACAUACCCAUUUUAACGCAUUUUUACAGCGACAGCGCAUUCUUCGGACAGCUUAUAACUCCCAACUUGUUCAGCAAAUUUGGCAAAGAGGGGUGUGGUCCUCUGUUUUGAAAUCAAUGGUGCUCGGUCAUCCGUGACCGAAGAGAUGCAAAUAAGAUAUCAACUGAAGGCUAAGGAACUGCCCUUUAAGAUGGAGCCACUUUGACAUUUUUCAAGUUCAUAACUUUUACAUAUUAGCCCAUACGGUUUUUGGAUUUUUUUUUUAUGCACCCUGUAAAUUGAAGGUAAAUAUUUUGUCAGCUUUUUCUACUUUCUUCAUUUUCAUACAUCUGGAAUCAUUGAAUUUAAAUUAAUUGUAAAAAUGAAUAUUAAAAUAUGUCACAGUUUCAAACAUACGUGCAUCUUGAAUGAAU